AUGAAAGAUCUGCCUCUCUUUGAGCUGCCAUUCCUCUGCAGAAUAAAUGGAUCCCAAGAUACCCAGUUAGAAGAACUAAGCCUUCAUCAGCAGAUAAAUAAGACAUGUUGGAAUUUUUAUUAUAUCACAAUCCUUCGUGAUCCAACAUCACGUUAUCUGAGUGAGUGGAGACAUGUUCAGAGAGGAGCAACAUGGAAGGCAUCCUUACAUGUGUGUGAUGGGCGAUCGCCAACAUCUGAUGAGCUUCCCAGCUGUUAUAGUGGUGACGACUGGUCAGGAUGUUCUCUAAAAGAGUUCAUGGACUGCCCAUAUAAUCUAGCUAACAAUCGACAGGUUCGUAUGCUGGCUGAUCUGAGCUUAGUUGGCUGCUACAACUUGUCUUUCAUGCCAGAGGAGGAAAGACAAAAGGUUCUACUGGACAGUGCAAAAGAAAAUCUGAAACGUAUGGCAUUUUUUGGUCUUACAGAGUUUCAGCGGAAAACACAGUACCUAUUUGAAAAAACUUUUAACAUGAACUUUAUUUCGCCAUUUACUCAGUAUAAUAAUACGAGGGCAUCUAGUGUCGAUAUUGAUGAUCAGACUCAACAGCGCAUUCAGACUUUAAAUUUUUUAGACAUGGAAUUAUAUGAUUAUGCAAAAGACUUGUUUUUACAAAGAUAUCAAUACAUGAGACAAAAACAGCAUCAAGAAGAAAGACAAAAGCGUCAGAAUGACAGAAGACAUCUUAGAGCAAGAAAAAUGCACAAUAGAAAAGAGUUUGAUAAUUCAACUGACAGUUAUAUUGGGACUGUAGCAAAAUGGCGAUAAAAGGGCUGACCACUUAUUUUACUUUUAUAUUCUAAAUAAUUAAAGCAGAAAAAAAGCAGAAACUUUGCAUACCCAAAGGAGUGGUUCAGAUAACUUUCUUCAGAUGGUAUUUUAAAACAGGAUAAAAAAAAUUUACUUCUGAGUUGCCUUUGCAUCAGUUUCAGUUCUGCGUUCCCUACCAUUAUUAAGUGUCAAUUCUGGGUUAUAAGACUAUUUAUAGAUGACUUACUACUGCAGCUCUGCAUUUACCGGUCAAAAAAUACUCACUAAGGAAACUGUUUUAAUAGAUACAGAUCUUAUCUGAAGAGUGAAAUGAGUGUGCACAUUUUAUAUGUAAGAUCACAACUAGGAAGUGCUUUAUUUAAGAAAGGCGUACUAGUACAAUACACCUCAGAAUCAAAUUGCUCUUUAAAAGUAAAAUGGCGUCAUACUCAUUGUAAAUCAGUGCAUAUAAGUUGCUAAAACAAAGCAUACAGCUGUGUUCUUAAAAUAAUAAAGCAGCAACAUAUUCAGAAAUAGGAUUGAUCUUAUUUCUGGCUUUCAGAAUGUACAGAUGUUUAAACAUUUAUAGCACUUCAUUAAUACUAUUAGAUUACUUCAAAUUGUAUGUAAUUUUAUGUUACAUGGCACAAGCAGUUUAAUGCAUUUUCGGUUGUAGUCACAUUUACUAAGUGCUUUCAAUACUUUUAAGUACAUCUUAAAAGCAAAUGUUGCAUUAUAUUGCAUUUAUUGAGUCAUUUGGGAAGCACUUGUGAACUCUUUCUUCAAUGACUCCUUUUUUAAUAGAAGUGUCCAAAAUGGAGACUAACCUAUAUCAAACGUUAAUGGAUUAUGACCCUGUCCCACAGCAGACAGAAAAUAUUAUCUGCAAUAAAUUCACUGCUCACAAAUACUUCAGUAGUAAAUAUGUCUGCAGCAGAGACAAAUAAUCAAAAUUAUAUAUAUAUAUGGUAUAUAUUAGUAGAUGCAAUACAGUGUUACUACUCAUACACUGCCUAAAAUAGGAAUGUUUUACUUGGCAUUUCAUUUUGGAUAUUACCCACACACAUUUUAUUCAGUUUAUUUAUGGAAACAUCCCUUAUAAGUCAGCUGAUAAUGCUGGUUAGGCUAGAAAUGAUAUGCAGUUAAGUAAUGUUUCUGAGUUCAUUCGAUCUCAAAUGAAUUCCUUUUUUAAGCUUUUAAAAGCAUGAUAAAAAGUAGUUAUCUAUGCAAAUACAUGUUUGAACUAAGUUUCCACAAAGCAAACGUAAACAGUAACAGGAAAAGCAAGAAUAAUUCAACCAUUUUAAUUAACGUUUCACAAAGUAAACGCUGGGUUAGACUAUCGUUUCCAUUAUUUCUAACCGUUUAUAUCCUUCCUUCUUAGUAACUCAGUCUUUUCCUCCAUGAAAUGCUGUCUUCAAACUGAAAAUCCAUGCUUUAAAUAAUGUAUAUAGCUAUAACCUGUACUAUUCUGUUGGCUUUUUGUGUCAGUAUUGUUAUUAUUACGGCCUGUUCAUCUCUGAAGAUUUAACUUAAUGCUGUUCAUUGUUGUCUCCAUCAUUGUAACUGUAUUCCCCCAGGCUAUGGCUGAAAUUGGUCCAUUUUGACCAGUACACUACCCAUGUAAACAAAAAAUAAAAUAGCAUGUACUUAUCUGAUAAAAUAAUCACCAAACCCCAUCAACUCAAGUAUUUGUAUAUGUAAUGUGUGUUACAGGAGGUUUGGGAGGUCACUCACUGGAAGUUCUAGCUUGGCUGGAGUUUUCAUUUAGUUUUUUCCGAUUGUUUUUUCAGUGUGACCUUCUAACUCUUUCUUACAAAGUUACACAUGAAAACAAGUCCUCUGAGGUACCACUGUCAAUUUAUUUUAAAUUUGUCUUUUUUUAAAUGCACACCCUGAUGUGCAUUUUACUUUAUCCUGUCACAUUAAAUAAAUACAUGCAUUCAUUUUAAAAUUUGAAAUGUUAGAACAUAUCACUCAACUUUAUUUGCGAAGUGGCUAGAAAGGGCAUGGUUCUCUUUUCUAUGUAUUUUGCCACAUAAGUGCCCCUUGCAUGCAUUUUCAUCUUCCCAGCAAAACCAUAAAAGCAAUAUUACUUGUCCAACACAUUUGAAAUACAUUAUAAUAAAUGCAGGUUGCCAGUCAAUAGAUAUCUGAAAAUAUGUUUGUUUAAUAUAUGAUCAGAUAACUCGGCAUUUAAUUUAACUUGUCUAGAAUAUUUCUCAAAAACAUUUUUCUUGCUUUCCAUAUAUUACGGCAACUCAGAAUUUAAGUUUACUUAAAAUACAUAAUCAUAAAAAAAAUUUCAUUGUUUUCAUGAUUUUUUUCUUAUGCUAGAAACUAAUUUAGGUUUUCUCCUACUAACCUUCAUCACUAACCCCAGACUUCAGCAUGCACCAGUUAUCAUGAAAUAUCUUAUUAAUCCUAAAUACAUUGCUUAAUCUGAGAUAGUAACUGAAAUGUUGGGACCUGCAUCAGUGAGUCCUGCAAUGUUGAGACUAAAUGGUUGAAAAAAAGUCUGCAAUAUCCAUUUCUCAGAAUAUUCCAUUUACUCUGAGAUAUGAUGAUCUCAGAGUUAGAUAAGUUUAAGGGUAUGGGGGUUCCACUCUCCCCAAAAAACACAACUUAAAGGAGAAGAGUGAUUUUGGAUGCUUGCUCUUCCACUGUGCUUUCAGAUUUUUUUUUUUUUUGCAUGACAGCGCUUGGCAUUACAAGUACCAACAUUGUGAUAGGGAGCCAUCUUAGAUACGUCACUAAAAUGUAGAAGAACAAUGUGGAGGUGCUUGAAUGUGCUGUAUUGUUUUGUGAAUAACAAGUAUGUUUUGAGUGUUAAAGCAAAUGUCUGAAAGAUCAUUUUGGUGGGAAACUUGCAUUUGUCAAAUGGUUGUAUUUUUUCUUCUUGAAGUUCUUGUUUUACCUUUAAGUUUAUAUAUGGCUGCAUUGUUUUUUUCUGAUUUUAAGCCUCCUUCAUUAAAUCUAGAGAUCCAAAUGUAAUUUUAUGGACAUUACAGACAAACUGUUUCUGUGUUUCAACACUGCACUGUAACACAACUCUCUCACACACUUGCAUACAAACACAAACACACACACACACACACACACACACACACACACACGCACACAUUUAUGCAAAACUUUGUGAAACUAAUAGACCAUAAUCAUGAAAGGUUUAAAACAGCUUGUAUAAACUUCUGAAGUAGUAAUUUUUUUACAGUUCCAUGUCCUUGUUUCCCAUCAUUCUUUGAGAAGGACAUGGUGGAUAGUAACAGUGGAGAACAGUAACACAACAUGUAUGUUAACUAUCAGCUGUUGCUAUAACUUACAAAACAUGUGCAAGAAUGUAUUUCUACUGCUGUGCUCCUAACAUGGAUUUAGUAUUCUCACAGGUCUUACCAUCUUUGGUUCUAACCAAUGUUUGCUCUAUCUCUAAUGGUUCUUUUUAUUAUAGCAUUAUGAAAAAUGGGAGGUUUGCUGCUUAGAUACUGUAAUGCUCACAAUAUCACAAGUUAGAAAGUCUUCACAUAUUGAAAGUGUCAUAUGAAGACCAGUAACAGCAUCUGAAGCAAGAGUUUUAAGUAUCAACAAAUUGUGAUAAUAAAAACACCUUCAUGAGUUUAUGGCUCCAGGGCCAUUAGCCUAGUACACACCUAUGAACCUAUGUCUGAUGGGGCUGAGUAUUCCAAAACUAAUGUUUCUGUGUGUAGGAAUUUUCUAUACAUUCAAAGCUCGAACCAAAUACUCUGGUUUGACUGAAAGAAAAAUGCUGUUGCUGCCACAGAUGCUGCAAAAUGUUGUUCUUUUCCCAAUAGUGUUAUGAAGUGAAGGCAAUAUUCACAAAAUUUUAAAAUGGCUAUAACAGGUGUACCAGAACUGUAUGGUGCAUACCAUAUUCAUGGCUAAAUGAGUGCAUUUUUCCCCUAUCUAGUAUUUCUAAUUAUUUCCAUUCAUCUUAGUUCUUAUCUGGACUUAUGAUUCAUUUGUGCAUUUAUCUUUUUAUGGUCUGAUAUAUGUGCUGAGCACAAUAGAUCAUUUACUGACAUGUUAGUUAUCAGGUUCAUCAAACAUUUGAAAAAAAAAACACAUAUACAAAUUAUUCAACCCAUUUCCUCUUUUUUGCAUUAGGGUAAUAUCUUGUAACCUGAACAAAUAUGUGAGUACUGUUAAAAGCUAUUAAGGCACAGAUGUAUCUCCAGUAAUUUAUAUAACUGAAGUUAGGUAGAUUAAUCAUGACGUUUGAGUGAGGGAGGUAUCGACAGUGGAACGCAAGGGGAAACUUUAAGGAGUAAUCGGGGUUAACAGAUGAAUCGGAUCAGACAGGUAGUCUGUUCUUUGAAGUUAUAACAUUCAUAAAUACUGAGCUGCGAAUGGAAUGGAGUCCUGACCACUGGAUUUGUUACCAAAAAAGAUCCUGUCUUUUGUUUGCUUCUGCUGAGUAAAUACCUAGCAGGAAAGGGAGUGCACCUGAUCUCAGAAGUGUUAGAAUUUCCCUUUGAUGCACCAUUUCCACCAAGAGAGGACAAGCAUACUAGUGAAAGUAAUUAUAGGUGAGAGACUGAUCAGUAUGUCCCCUUACGUGAGCGAAAGAAAGGGACUCCCUCUACCCUACUGCAUAAUGAAUACUAUCCUUCAAAAAUAAAACAUGGAAAUUGAAUUAAGAAAAACAGGUCUAGAUUCCUGCGGGUCUGUAAAUUAUGCUUCAGUCAAAGAAAAUAACGAUCAUAUGUUAUUUAAUUAGAAGAAGUAAGAUACAUUAAUGUGUAAUUAAAAUUAUUUCACACUGAAAGUUAUCCAUCUGCUGUGCAAGUAACUUAAUUAGUAUUUUUUGUUGAAACAGUUCUUUCAAGGCAGAAUGAAAUCUAAGCAGACCAAGAGAUACUUAAGGUUAAACCUCAUUCAUAUUCUCCCGUUAUGCACUGUUUACAGCUUUAGGGGUGGUAUCCAAAAAAAAUCACCAAUUUCUAGAAAGUAUAGACUUUGAGACAUUGAUUGUCUGUAUUAUGGUACAUUUACAUGGCUGACUUUCUGAAGAUGUAACAUGCUACUUAGUUAUAGUUACUAUCUUUAUGUAGAUAAGCAAUGUCAACACUGUACAUGUUGCACCAUAAUAUUUAUUAUACUUCACAAAAACAACAAUCUGUGGAUAAAAAAAGCCUUUAUUUCUUAUAUUAUAAGUAGUGUUUAGUCUUCUCUGGUUAAAAUACAUGGCAAGACUCACUACACAGCAAAAGAUCACUAUAUCAAUAAAUUCCUCUCUAAGUGUAGUGCCAUGAAAUUUGAAGCACUUGGAAAUUAGCCUUAUAAUGAUUAUAGGACUUCACGUCAUAUGAUUUAUUACAACCAUGUGAUAGUUACAAGACCUGAGGUCACAUGACUUAUUUAUAAUUCUGUGAUAGUUACAAGACCUGAGGUCACAUGGCUUAUUUGUAAUUCUGUGAUAGUUACAUGUCCUGAGGUCACAUGGCUUGUUUGUAACUCUGUGAUAGUUACAUGUCCUGACGUCACAUGGCUUAUUUCUAACUUUGUGAUAGUUACAGGUCCUGAGGUCACAUGGCUUCCUGAAUCUGAGCAGUACUUUGAACAGCUCAGUAACAGAAAAUGUGUAUAAAAGGAAUGAGAGAAGAAAAGGCAAAAACCCCAAAUAUCUCCAAACUGUAUCAAAUGUCACCCCAUGUUGGCUUCUCCUUUAUAAUGCUCUGGACUUGUUUAUAUAAAGAAGCAGACUCCUGAGGUGCCCUCCUUUCAUCUUGAGGUCUCCAUUGUUUUGCUCCCUUCUGUGACAUGCCCCUCUAUAGAAUUCAUUUUUAUCACCCAAAUCCUCCCAGCUGGGGACAGAGAGUAAUUAUCCUGUCUGCUUUUGUCAUAGUUGCAGGCUCUAACAGGGGUGUCACCAUGUCUGAUCCCUAGUGUUUAUUCUGUUUCAAGUGGACUAUGAUUAGUUAUUGUUGGCUACAAAGUAGCAUGUUUGUGGCCUUAACUCAGGACGUGCAUGGCUUCUUGGUACAGCUUUUACACUACCAGGUAUCUGGCUGCAUUUGAAUUAUUUCAGUGUCUGAAUCUUGAUUCUUAUUUGUAUUUCAGCCAGGUACCCCGAUGUUUAGUCCCAGACAGUGGUUCUCCCAACAUUGACCCCACAUACUGACCCUCCCAGCAUCGGCCCCAGAAGGGAAGUAGACAUUGACUGUUUUUUUCUUUUUGCCUGACCUUAACUGGGGUGUCCAUUGGACAGAAGACAAACAUUUAUUUCCUAAAACUGCCAAGCAUUAGGGAUCAAGAUAUGAGUACCUGGUAUUUAUCUCUCCUUAAAGGUAGGAAAUCCAAAAUUCUGAAAUGUCCACAUACUACACUUUUGGUUUACUAUAAUUUAACUGAAAUGGACUCGGUCAACUGAUCAUAUCAUUGACCAACUCCCACAAAAACUCACACAGCUGAACUCCGAAAUUGUAGAAUUGCAUGUUGAAUGCGACCCAGGAAUGAGAUUUAACAUGUGUCGAGAUAGGGGCGAGAUUUGUACUUCGGCAAUAUCAGAGUUCGACAUUGCCAAUGUUCGAGGUCGGGUUUUCGUGUGGAGUCAACCGACUCCACUUCAGUUAAAUGAUAGUAAACCCAGACUUUCUCACCAGCUGUUAGCUUCCUCAAACAACUCAUCUCCUGCAUCUAGCAGUACAUAUCUAUCUAUAUAUCCAUCCAUCCAUCCUACAUUAUCUUAUAUAUGUAUGUCAAGUGUUUCUUCCAGUGCUCUGGCUACCUAUAUGUUAAGCUUGCAUUCCAGUUUCCUACUAUUUCCUACAUCAGAUUCAAUGUGGAAGGAUCUGUAACUUUACAAGCUUCUGGUCUGCAUUCUUUCUGGCAGAAGGCUGUCUUUUCCUCAUGAUCAAAUGUACCAAUGAAAUGAAAGUACAAAACAGAGAGGUUUCUAGACCCCUGUAUGAAUUUAUAUUAUGUCAGCAUGUCUCUAGCUAUUAAAGAGAAAGAGGAGGCUUCCUCACCAUCAUUUCCUCCUGAUGACCUCAAAUUUCAUGAGGUCCUCUAUGUGUGGAAAUGAAGGGCAAUGGGUCCAGACUGACUACCCAUUUCUUAAGUGAUCUCUCCAAUGAGCCUCUGGGAUUCUAAACUUCAUGUGUGAUCCCCAGUUGUAAACACUUUCAAGGACCUUAUAACACAUACCUGGGAGCCCAGUAUGGAUAUACCUCUACCCUACAAAGCAGAUAGGAUGUUCUGGCCACCAAAAUAAUUUAUGAUUUGGAAAGGGUAUAACCUCCCAUAUUCAGACUCUUAUGAUAAAGAACUAUUAUAAAAUCCACACAUCUGAUCAUGCUGGUCCUUCCACUGAUACAGAAGGUUAGUUUAGGACUUUGAUUUAUAUAGAAAAGCAGGUAUUUAUGCCUGCCAUCUUUAUAAUGAGGACAAUAAAUUAUCUGAUCUUCAUGGGUUAUUUCUAGCAGUAGUUGUUGAAAAAAGCACCCAAAACAUAUGGAAACCUCAUCUGAAUCUGAGUAAAGGAUGAAAAUUUGCACACAGGUGAUCAGAUAAUCUAUCAUCAUCUGAAUCAGAAAUGGUUGAAAUAUAGAAUUAGCUGGCAUAUAAUACUACAAAUGUGGUGACCCACAUAAUGGGAACUAGUAUUGCAUUUUUCUGGCAAAAACUCAAAGUCGCACUUGAAACUCUCUACUGUGGGCAAUUACUGAUUGAAAUUAAGCUAGAUGAGUAGUUUAGGACUAUGAUAAUCAAGUCAUUUCAUUUUGGCUGUGAGUGUUUUCUUCCAUUUACCCUAGGAGCCUCUAGCAGGUCCUGGCUUAGCUAGCUGAGGCCGUGGUCCUCAGAUGCAGAAACAGGCCCAUAAGUAAUAGCAGCAGGUCAGGAGUUGUAUGUGCUAUUAUGGAUGGGGUCCAUUCAUGGAUUUCAUUACUAGAUUCAUCCAUAAAACCAUGGAGGCAGGGAACCUUUUUUCAAAGAUCUCCUCAGCAUUAUGGCCUCUCAAUCUGACUGCUUUCUGUUGAGAGAGAAGCUUGGAAAAAUACUUUCUCCCUUAUAUGUGCCAUGGGAAGUCAUUUCUGCCAAUGAUAGGUAAGAAAAAAUAUCAUCAAGAAUUAAAACAUGAAUAUCUGCUCCCUACCCUUCAUCGUGUAUACUUUUAAAAAGAGAGAAAGAGACACAGACAAACAGAUACAUAGACAAAAAGGCUGCCUUGCCAGGCAUAGUGCAGAAAGGCCUCCAUAAAAUAAAAACAGAGCAAGCAUGUACAUCAAUAAUGACUUAAAGGGAACUGUCUACCAGUUCUGUUUAUAGUUCAGCUCAAAAUAAAAUGAGGAUGAGACCCAUCUGAAUUUCAGCAGCCUGAAGAGGUUUAUUACAUUUACAUGCUUUGCACGCCAACCAUUUAGUUAUCAAUACCUUUCCUGGCCGUAUGGAACAUGUGCUCUUUGGACUUCCAGGAUAGCUGCCUACACCUCAGGAAUACAAUGCAGGACUGGCGUUUCUUACUCUUCUGGUAGGAGACAAAUCAUUCCCGGUUUUGAAUCCUGUUCGGCCUCUCAUUAGCACCAGUGAUUACAUGACGUGCAUGGGAGUAGUAAGUAUACACUAUAGGAUACAACACGUGUAGAUUGUUACUCAGCUGACUGCCAGGACUGGGUCCUCAGGACAUUUCAUUCUUUUUCUGAUCCUGUUCAGUCUGAAGUUAACUUCAGCACAAUUCAGCUUCUGGAGUUUGAAGCAGUGAUCCUCCUGUGGUUUACUGUAGAUCAUUUUUACUUGUGACUUACUCACUGGACUUUCAGUGUACAGUGUUUCCAUGAUUCACAGGAUGUGAGUACACUUGUCAACCUCUGUAAGUCAUGCCACAAUAACAUACACAGUAUGUACACUGAGUCAAUAUUCUACUAGGUCAGCAAUCUUGGAGACUGGCAUUAGUGAUCAAGAUCCCUACUCAUGUGUCUUAGCUAGAUUUGGAACCCCCUACCUAUACCCCUUGUUUUAAAACCUCAGAUUUUAUGCAGUUUUCAACAAAGAAAUGUGAUGGCUUAUCAGGAAGCAGAUUAAAAUAGGAUCAUAUUAGCUGCACUUGAAAACAAUAAAAGCAUCAGCAUGGGAUGUCCACAGUGAAACACUCUUAUAGCAAUAUAUAUUCUAUGUAAGCCCAGCAGCCUGAAGGAAAAGAUGGACCAAAGCUUCUUGUUAUUGCAUAAGUGGUAACUCAAUAAAUGAGCAUUCUGCUGUCAUUUCCAGCUGUGAUGAUCUCUCACAAGGGAUCUGUUUGCAUCUCCAGCCAGUGCAAAGUAUACAAAAUUCUACUUUCUGAUUCCUUGCAAAGGUGGAUCUUUUCAGAUACAUCUGCAGCCAGCUAGCCCAAUAAGCUCCUGUAUGAAUGUUUCAUAUCUCCAUUGUAAUAAAAGCAAUCAUAGAUUUUCAUGGUGUAACAGAAUUCAGUGUGCCAUAUGCAUUUCUCCUGCAAAGAAGACUUUUCUUCUUUCUCAGCCAUCAGGACACCAUCACUUACACUCCCCUAGACACAGGUUGAUGGCAGGGCUCCUGCUGUGUCUAUGAUAGCUGGAGAUCUUAUUCUUCUGCAAAUAAAACAGAAAAACAAAACACAUGAAAAGUGAUUGGGGAGCUGGACGUUUUGACGAGAUGCACUACAAUGCCUCCCCUCCUAUCUUCUGUUAAAGUUUAUUUACCAACUUCAUGGUUGCUAAGCCUUGGGAGUAAAGAAAAAGCUCCACACCAACAAAACACAUUUAUCUUGAAGCUGUUAUUAUGGAAACAUAGAAUGGAUCAGAAGUUGAUGAUUUUGCAUCAGCGUGCUGAGAUCUGAUAUAGAGUACAUCAGUGUAAAGAUGUGCUCUUUCAAAAACUAGUCUUUUUAUAAAUAGGUGGAAAAGGUGAAUUUUUUUCAUUUUUUACCAUUCUGCUAGAGUAGUGUUUACCACCAGCUGUCACUUUUGCUGUAUCACUGUGGUUGGUUUAUGUGGCAAUGACUCAGACAGCACUAAAUAAAAUUGCUGGGCACUGCAAGCUGGAUAUAGUUUCUAAGUCAAGAAUAAUUAUUUGGUCCAGUACUUUUCAGCUUUAUAAAAUCCUCCUUGGGUAUGCAGUGGUCUCUUUAAUUUGAUAUCAUGCAGCCAAAAUAUAUACAAAUAAGAUUCAUCAGUUACAUGAGUCACUCACUAUCCUAAUGAAGGUUUAUAAUGUAAGCAUGGGGUGUUGGACAGGCCUUUCUAUCCAUCUCUUUAAAUCUUGCCUGAUGACAGUACUACUUUGUGUGCUGGCUUCAUGGAAGUAGUGUCUUCCUUGGACCAGUUACUUAUCAGAAAAGACAUUUGAGGAAGGUUCUCCAUCGUGCCAGAUCUACCAACUGCAGAAGGCCCAUUGAAACAAGUUAGAUGGAGUACUGCAAGAAGGGACUGCCAGCUGUCAUGCUGCCUGGGAGGUACAGUCCUAUAGUGUUGGGAAACCAGAGCCAAUGUUAUAUCUCUGUGAUGACUUUUUUAAUAUAUGAAUUGUUGAUAUUGUACAAAUGUACGUAUCACCAUAUUGUCACAACUCUGGGGACCCUAUUUAUUUGAUAUACUUUUUCAUACCAAGGUUACCUUACCUCCCCAUUUUUGUUCAUGGGUAGUUACACAAGCUAGCCAAAAUACCCAUUUGCCCCAAACACUGUCUGCUUAAGUCACACAGUAGGCAAAUACAGAUGGAAAGCUUCAAACCCUGUACCCUUGUCAUAGGAAGUAGCUCAUUUACAGGUUAGAGCUUUAGUCCUCUCUGCUAAAUGCCACAGCAGCCUAUCAUGUAUGAAAAGCAAGACGUGUAGGAGUACCUCAGGAGGGCAGAUCCUGGCAAAAGCUGUGUUUCUGAAAGGGCAAUUAUAUCUGUGUAGUGGCAGUGAAUAUGUAUUUCUUCUUUGAGUAUUUUGGGAAACUCAUAAUGUAAUUCUAGUUUCUGGAUAUAACCGUCACUGGUCUGUUUACUCCUGUGUCUUGGUCAGUAGCUAAGAGAGAGCCCAUGCAUUAAUAGAAGUUACCCAUCAUAGAGUAAAAUAAAAAAGAGUGGGAGAUUGACUCCCAUAUGUCUAUAUACAGGCAAUAAUGAGCAUGUAUUUGUGACUUCUGGAGGCUAGUAUGUAUGUGUGUCUGUGAUGGUGGGGGGGGAUUAUGCAAGUUAGAAAAGUAGUAUGAAUAAUAAUAAUUGCUUAAUACACUUCAUGGGCUUUUAUCUUCUAUAGGCUGUUAACUAGUCUGGAACACUGUUCACUGCACUAAAUAUACUUGCUCUGCCUAACUUUUUUUUCUUGAAAUCUGGUUGCUGCCUGUCAGCUUCAGGACAAACAAUUGAGCGCUAAAGAUUUCCCUUCUGAAAAGUACUUUGUAUUGUGACGUGGUUGCAUUUUUGAGAAAUCUGAAAAUCUUUUUCAUGUCUAUGAUUUGUUUUUAAUUCUCAUCUUUCAUAAAACAAUAGCACCCUUCAUUGCUUCAGUACGCUAAUCAUUACUAUUUUGAUCUUUGUAUUUUGUGUAUCCAUGGAACACAGAAAUCAAAAUGUUUCAUCAAUGUUUUUGUUUUCUUAUUAGCUUCGGUAACAUUUACUGAUUAUCUUUAGCUAUUUAGGAGAAAUUUGAUCCAUUUUCAACAAAAUAAUAAAUCUUUUUUUUUCUAUUCUUUACAGAAUGCUGAGUCUCUCGUUCACUUAUAAAUGUUCAUUUAUUUUCAUUCUUUCAUGCUCCUAUGUGAUUUGAUAUACUUUGCACUCAUCAUUUAUGUGUCUGCUUGUAUAUGUCCCUGAAAUACCAGUUUUCCCCCUAAGGAAUCUUAUGACAACUUCACUGGUCUCUGGUUCGUUUCACUUUUUUAUAUGAAAUUUACCCUCACGACUUCUCUAUUCAGCUUCCUGGAUAGCGUCUUCUCUUAUUUAAGGACAUCAUUUGCCUUCCUGGUUCAAUCUUUUAUAAAAUAUGUUCAAAAAAUGUGACAUAGUUAGUCCUGUUUGGUUGCCAGUAUAUAAAAGCAGAAUGAUGAGCACUGAAACAUAUAAAUGUGCCACUGUGCUAUACCUGGUGACAAUAUGGACCACUAUAUCUCUCCAAUCAUUGCUGUGGUUUUCUUUGUCUUUGACAGACCACCGCCACUAUACCAUCUGUCUGAUGCUUUAUUCCUUUGGCAAAGCCACCUGGCUACUUCCAAUUUGAAAAUCACGCAGGUAGAAGAUGCUGUCACAUGUCGUGCUAAGAUCCAUAAGAAAUUCUUGCUCACUCUCUCUGUCUGUCUCAUAUACUGAACAUCAUUUUAUCUUUGUUAAAUUUAUUCUCUACAUCACAAGGCAAAUUACUCUAUCCUUUUGUUUUGCGGUGGUCAUUUUUUUUAACAAAAUGCAGCCUGGUAAAGCUGCAGUAUAUAUCCCAGUACUACUACUCACUUGACCAUAACUUAAUAAGUAGUAGAAGUGGCAAUCUAUAUUGAUGUUCCUUUGGUCCAUAAGUGCAUAUUAUUUUGUCAGACACAUUCUACACAUCUCAUCUAUAUUUAAUUUUCAUUUUAACUCUGACGCUCACCCAACAUUAUCUUGUAGCCAUGUAAGUAUGCUUGGUUAACACCCGUUAAUAAGUUUAGUUGCCUUAUGAGAUACUUGCUUUCAAAAAGCCAGAAACACUCAAACGUGUGUACAAGAUUGAAAGUACAUUGAGUUACAUUUAUUUUUAAUUUUUACUUGUUCUUUAGUGUUUUUUGUCAUUAUUUUCUCUCGUGCUAUGACUUGCUUUGGCUGUUGUUUUGGCUUUCAGGACGUUUAAUUGUUAUAACCGUGUUAACAUUCUGUACAUUUACAUAUCAAGAUGAUUGUGAAGGAGCUGAAAACUGCAUCCUCCUGAUUGUAAGAGAAAGAUUAUAUUCUUGGAAGGCACAGUUCAAUGUAUCUGUCCCUUUUCAAACAGAAAGAGAUAAAACAUUGCCCUGUAACGUAGGAGAAAUAAAAUGCGUAAUAACAGCUAUUGACGUUCUUAUUUUCCCAACGCUAUGAUGUUGUAGAAAAGACUAAUUCCAUUUUUUUCACGUUCUUUCUGUUGGCUUGUACAAAGGCUGCAAUAUUCAGCACUGUAUUCAAUAAUAGGUAAUAUCAGUGAAGCAGAAAAGCUACAUUAAUCUCCUUGGACUGAUUAAAUAUCCCAUUAAAUAUCCCAUUUAGAAUUAGAUGGACUACUGAAUGUGCUUUUCUGAAUUUAGUAGAUGCACGGUGGUAAUUUUUAAGAACUAUUUUACUUAUGUACAUUUGAGCAAUCAAAGAGUAAAACAUUUGUGGCCAGGUAUGUACCAUUUUUAGAGUAAGUGACUUAAGUUGCAUUCUAAAAAUUUAGAAUGUGUCAGAGACCAUGUAUAAGAAAACAAUAAAAACAGAGGGUUCACCUUGUUUCCUACAUGGUAGUUUGGCCUAUUAAAAAUGAAGCGUCUUAGUCCUUUAGUUAGUGAAUGAUGACCAAGCAAUACUCACUUAAGAUCCAUGUAUACAGAAUUAUGAGAAGUUGUGCCGUGGCUUUCAUAAAAACUGCAUUACACAUGGCAUAGUACAAGUAAGUGACAUGAAUAAAACUGUUUGACUAGCCAGUUACAACACAUGCAUUGUUUUCUGAUAUGGUGUGCAUGGUACUCAGGCCAUACAUGUGUUCCUUAUCCACAGUGUAUGGUUUAUUGUAAAUAAAGGAUGUACUGCAUUAAUAGAUUAAGUUUUAUCAUUAUUAUGUGACACCUAAUCUAUGUUGUAGAUAAUCAUUUGUGCUAUGGUGUAGACUUAAUAAAAUUCCAAAUGAUCUUGGUUGUAUAAGUUUAAAAACAUGAUCUAAACAAUAAAUUAAUCUUUAAUAAAUUA